AUGGUAUCCGCUUUUCUCAUAGAUGCUAUCAACAAUCCUACAAAAGUAGUCCAAGAACUUUUUGAGGAGCACACCGGAGAUGUCAAUCAAUUCCCCGCUGUCGUCGCUCGCCAUUUUUCGGAUGUCUUUCUAAAUUCCGAUGAUACCCUUCGCGAGGUCCUUCCGCUGGAUAUGAACCAUUCCCCUGAAUCAUUCACACAUAGAUCUUUGGUGCGAUUUCAUGGCAUGGUACAAGACACUUCUCCUUCACCGGAGAUGUAUCUCGCGAGCUUGAACGAAAAUAAAUGUGGUGGUUGGGGGAUCUCACAGAACACGCCUGCUAGUGAAUGGCCUUCGAGUUUCGAUUACUGUGACCUUAGAGAGGCUACUACUUUAUGGGCCGUGACGGUGCCAGGGCAGACUGAUUGGAGAACAGAAGAGUUGACUGACCGAUUGCAUUGUGGUAGCUCUUCUAGUCAAAGUCCACCACAACCUCAUAAGUUUCCCGUGCCAAAUGCGCCCCAUAUCGGCGUCCAAGUCAAGAUUUAUGACAAUGAUGCCGCUCAGUUACUCAAAGCUACUGACGUCGUGACGUUUAUCGGAAUUUUGACGUCUGAGUCUCUUGAUUCAGAAGCUGAUUCCUCACCGAUGGUUCCAUCACUUCAUGUUCUGUGCCAUAAACUGCAAUCUACAGGUGACGCGCCGCACACAGAAGAGUUAGCGACUGUUCGAGAAGAUCUCAUCAAAUGGAUUGCCGACGAGGCCCUUGGAGGCGAUGAAGAUGCAGCACAAUGGCUUCUUCUCGAGCUUUCCGCAAAAGUCUACACUCGGACUACGCCCCUCCUACCUCCGUCCCUCACUUUAUCGCGGUUUCCUUCACCCACACCGUCAUCGCCCGCACUACCUACCCUUCACCAUGUACUUUCGGACUUGCUAGCGCAGUAUCUUACAGUGCCCCUCUCCCUGGAUCUUCUUAACACGGAAAAUUUCAGUCCUGAAAGCAAGGAUGAAGAUUUGCACUCGGGCUAUCUGCAGGUCCCUCAAGGGACCGUCUUACUGCUAACCGAGAAUGGUGUGCGAGAGGGCAAGCUUGUAGAAAAAGGCAUCAUGAACAUCAGGGCUGUACAGGAAGUCAUGGAUGCUCAAACACUCGAGUACUCAUUCCCAUUCAGUAAAUUUUCAUUUUCGACAGACAUAGUAACGAUUGUGCUAUGUGAUGGUCGGAAAAGUGCCUUCUUUCAGACGGGAUUCACCGUACCUCUGGAAACAAAACCCUUACUCAAGGACAAUCUGUAUAAACCGAGAGACCAGAUAAAGAUACCCGAUACUGUGAAGCUGGCGGCAUACCGUUCGUUCCUGGCAACCGCAAAAUGUUGUUUUGGAACUGUCCAAGUUGCAGAGGAGACGUCGCGGCACAUUCAAGAAGACUUUGUGCGUCAACGCCAAGAAGACUCGUCUAUAACAGCGGACGAUCUUAUUCACUUGAUGAAGGUGGCAAGAUUACUAGCGGCAUCUAUGCUUGAGCGGGAAGUCACCGUUGACAUAUGGGAAAGGUCGAAGAGGCUUGAUGCUAGUCGAAAGAAGAGAUCGCCAUGA